AUGCAAUUUACACCCGUCAAUGAAAUCCCUGCAAUCCGUAAAGAGCUGGAGGCUAGCUUCCGUAAAGGCGUCGCUCAAUCCCUCAAAUGGCGUCGUCACCAACUCUACCAGCUCGCCAGAAUGGUUCAAGACCAUCUAGACGAGUGGGUCCAAGCAAUAAUAGCCGACUUGGGUCGUCCUAUAGCCGAGACUUACCCUUCCGAAACCGGACUCAUCAUUGAGCGUUCCAUCAUAUCGGCUACCCAGCUAGAGACUUGGACAGCUCCCGAAGUCCUUACAGAAGUGGUGCCGGAUUGGCAAAAGUCUUGGAAGCCCACAAUCUAUCGAGCUGCCAAAGGCGUCGUUCUCAUCAUUGGGCCUUGGAACUAUCCUAUGGUUCUCACUCUUCAGCCUCUCAUGGGAGCCAUCGCCGCCGGCUGCUGUGCAGUUGUGAAGCCUUCUGAGCUUUCACCCCAUUACUCGGCGUUGCUUGCUAAGCUCCUCCCAAAGUAUUUGGAUCCUUCCGCCUAUCGCGUUAUCUUAGGAGGACCUGAUGUAGGUGCCCAGGCGAUGGAAAUUCGUUGUAAGUCACAUAUAUUCUUCACUGGGGGAGGGAAAGUUGGACGUAUCAUUGCAACGGCAGCUGGAAAGCACCUUACCCCAGUCACUCUGGAACUGGGGGGCAAGUCGCCUAUCAUCGUUGAUCCCAAUUAUGAUAUCAAGCUGGCGGCCAAACGUAUCUUAUGGGGGAAAAUAUCUAAUUGUGGCCAGAUCUGCGUCUGUCCUGACCACGUCUUCGUUGUCCGAGAGAAACAGGAAGAAUUCAUCGCCGCCCUCAAAGAGUACUACCACCAGUUCUUCCCCGACGGAGCGUUGGCUUCUGAUUCGAUCGGACGCAUCGUCAACGAAGCGCAUUUCAAUAGGCUUAAGGGCCUCCUAGCAAGGACAAAGGGCAACAUAGUUCUAGGCGGUCAAACAGAUGAUAAACUAAGGAUGGAGCCAACCAUUAUCAAAGACGUCACUCAAGAGGAUUCGUUGAUGGAAGAGGAGUUGUUUGGUCCCAUUUUACCAAUCCUCCCUGUCGAUAGUAUGGAAGACGCAAUUAGCCAGAUAAGAUCAAGGCCUCACCCUUUGAUGUUAUACGUCUUCACGGAUGAUCCUAAACUUAAGAAGAAUGUCCUCGCAAAUACUUUGAGUGGAAAUAUCGCCUUUAACGACACAUUUCAAGCACUUUCGGUCAAUGAGUUACCGCUUGGUGGCGUCGGUGACUCAGGAUGCGGUUACCAGAUUUUGCGCCACGGUUUCAACACUUUCUCCUACCUCCGGAGCUCAAUUGAUAUGCCUCGCGAUGCCGAAGCAUCUCUGGAGGUCCGUUAUCCGCCUUACACUAAAGAGAAGGUCGCCUUCUUGGGGACGACGUCCUUCAUGAAUAUUCCGGAUAGUCACCUGUAA